AGGAGAUGACCAGAGACUGUGGACAUAGUACAGGAGAUGACCAGAGACUGCAGCCAUAGUACAGGAGAUGACCAAAGACUGCGGACAGUACAGGAGAUGACCAGAGACUGUGGACACAGUACAGGAGAUGGACCAGAGACUGUAGACACAGUACAGGAGAUGACCAGAGACUGCGGACACAGUACAGGAAAUGACCAGAGACUGCAGACAGUACAGGGGAUGACCAGAGACUGCGGACAGUACAGGGGAUGACCAGAGACUGCGGACAGUACAGGGGAUGACCAGAGACUGCGGACAGUACAGGUAAUGACCAGAGACUGCGGACAGUACACUAGAUGGACCAGAGACUGUGGACAGUACAGGGAUGACCAGAGACUGCGGACACAGUACAGGAGAUGGACCAGAGACUGCGGACAGUACAGGGGAUGACCAGAGACUGCGGACAGUACAGG